AUGGAGUCGGCUUGGACGAUCUUUGAGCUGAAGUCUACCUUUAUCUGGACUCAAGUCCGCAUAUUUUCUGAGAGUCUCGACCUACCAGAAGACUGGCGCAAAUAUGCUGCCGAAACCGAAGAAGGAGAUCUCAACGACAAGGUCAUUGAAGAUGUCCUACACAAAGUGAAUGCUGCCGCCAGGCAGCACAACCGCGUUGUUUACUCAUCACAAGCCAUACAUCACGUCGCCCAACAGAUUGCAAGUUUGUACUGGACCUCGGUCAACCAGGAUGCUCGCAGUCGGAGGGUAUUCGCCCAAGGCAUUGAAAAGACUACAGAUUUGUCAAGGCAGAUGAACAUCACAAAGCUGCCAGUCGAGCUGGAAGGCCAGGAGCCAAGUGAAGAGCAGAAUACAAGAUACCAGCAGCUCCGUGAGCGCCUGGCUAGCCUUGAUAGUCAGCGGCAGAAACGCCAACAGCGUCUCGAUCAAUUACACUAUCUUCGGCGUCUACUUGAACCGUUUGAGGAUCCCCCAAAGAAUAUCCAGCCCAACCUUAUCACCAAGGACGGUGAGCUUGUUCAAGAAUUAGAGAAAAUGCGGAUGCUGGUUGCAAGGGUUGGAGGUAGGAUUUCACACCAGACACAAAGCAGCGGUGUCCCUGAAACCCACGAGUCCUCGCUACCGGGCUCUGAUCAGAGAUUGGAGGCCUUGAUGGACAUGUCUUGA